AUGACUGAUUAGACUCCAAAUGAUUUUCAUUCUGAAAUGGAAUCCUCUCCUCUUAACCAUCGUUAAUCAAAUAUGAUUCUGUUUUAGCCCUAUAGUCCUAUUUUAUUUCGUGCUCACUGUAGUCCCAAUAAUAUGGUCUUCCAAGAUUAUUAUAUUGCAUAACCCACAUAAAAUGCAGAUGAUAUUUUUCCUUUUGAUUAAUAAGCAUUAUCAAAAAUGUUUGAUAAUCACACUUCAAAUAAUCAAUCUCCUCAAUUAAAAUAAGUUGUUAUCAAAUAAUCACAAAAUAAGUAAUAGGGAUUUCAAAUUGUUUAAAUUAACACUGCAUAAAUGACUCCAUAGAAACGUAGAAGUGAAUAAACAAGAAGAUAUUACUCGGAAAAGAAUGAAAAAAAUUCAAUCAAUUUAGCCACUUAUUAAGAUUAGACACCUUAACGAAGUUAGAAAGGUAAAGAAAUGAAUUAUUUUUAAAGGAUUACGUAACUUGAGUGUAAAGGUUAGAGAUAUAGUAUUGGAACUGAAAUCCACAUCUUAUAAGGAAGUUGCAUAAAGAUUGAUAUAAGAUUUAGGUUCUGAUGGAUAAAUAGUUGAAUUAGAUAAUGUAUGAAUUAAAAUUGAGUUACAAGCCUAAAGAUGAAUAAAAUAUAAAAAGAAGAGUUUAUGAUGCUUUAAAUGUUAUGAUCGCUUCAAAAGUGUUGAGAAAAGAAGGGAAACGAGUAAUUUCAGAUGUAUAUUGUAAACAUAGGAUGAGAAGAAAUGAAACUGAUAUGUUCAAAGAGCAGUUAGUAAUAUAUAUAAUGUAAUUGAGUAUAGGUGAAUUAAAAAAAUGUAAUAAAGGAUAAGAAGAAAAGAUUACAAGAAUUAUUCAUAAAGGUUGUAGCUCUAAAGAAUUUAGUAUAGAGAAACCAGAAAAAUUAAAAUGAAAGCAAGAUGUUGUUCCCGAUUCUUGCAUUUUAAGCUUAAUAACCGUAAAUUAAACUUAAAAUGGAAUCAAAAGUAUUAAAGAUAAUGAGUUAAUAAAAACUAAAAUUGUCGGCUGAUUUAGAUAUAUUGGUUUAACUUAAAAUGUACAAAUUAUAUAAAAAUAUGGACGAAUUGUAUUUAUAUUUAAACAUAUUUAGCAUGCCCAAAAGUUUACUAGAAAUAGUGUAAAUAAAUGAUCUCUGCUCCUGA